AUGGCCGCAUUGCCUAAGUGUGCCGCCACAGCAUCCUCUAAGAGCCAAGACACCACAGCUGAGGGCAAAUCAGUCGAGAAGAAGAACAAGUUGGGCCGGACGGAGCUGCACAAUGCCGUGUGCAGCGGUGACAAAGACUCCGUCCAGCAGCUCCUCAAAAAUCGCGCAUCUGUUGAUGCCACGGACGGAAGUGGCCGGACACCACUACACUUGGCCGCCAGUGAGCUCUCGGAACCGGUCAAAAUCAUCGAACUACUGUUGGAGGCCAGAGCCAGGACUGAGGCUGAAGACCUCAGCAGUUUCACUCCCUUGAAUUUGGCUUGCAAUUCGAAAUGCAAGGAAGCGGUGGCUGUUCUGCAGAGCGCCGAGGGCUUAUCGAAAGUUGCAGAAGGGAUGACAGAAGAUCAGAUCGGGACAGAGGAGUCGCCAGCCAACUACACCGAGGGAACGUUCAAGGAGUUAAUGAAGGAUCCAAAAACUGCGAUACAGCGUUUUACAGAGGAAAUUGCCAAGAAAAAAAAUCCGAAGACUCUUGCGCUCUUGUACACCUAUCGUAGCCUUGCUCGGGAGUUGGCUCGGAAGCUGCCUCCUGAAGCUGGCGCGUCUCUUCUCCCUGAAGAUCCUGAAGCACAGCAAGAUCGAGACAUGGCAAAGACCUACGCGGCAAUUGACACCGAGAUUGAAGAACAAAUCCAAAACGUGCGCAAAUGGAUCCCUAUAGGUCAUAUAGCUCGUCGGGAUCCAGAAGCUCAGCAGCAGGCCGAAGGCACGGAUUUUCUUUUGUCCUUCACGAAUGCUGACAAAGCGGCAAACGACAUGUUGCUAGAUCAGCUAAGCAAUGGCAAUGUUCUAUUCGAGGGCAGCUGCCGUCGCUUGACCUGGAUGAGUUCAUGGGUUACAAACUUGAUGUUCUCUUGGGACCAUGUGCCCAAACACUAA